AUCCACAAGCAUAAACGUUCACUUCAUCAGCUGUCAUCAUGAAACUUCAGAAAAAAUCAGUACACCACGCAGCACGCAUCAAAUUGGUCUCCGGAGUGUAUUGUUGCAAAUAGAAAAACGAUUUGAAAAUGCCGAGACCUUCGCGAAAGAAACAGAAAACGGCCCUUAUCAAGCGAUCGUGUACAAACCCCGUACUGGCCGAGCCAGAGAACCCACAGGAACAAACAAACACCGCAGAAAUGAAGUUAGUUCUGUUCGGCAAAAGCAUCACCAUGGACGAACAUAAUCAGCGUGCUUCGUACUAUGCCAAACUUCGAUAUUGGUUCCAGCAUGCAAUCCCUGAAAGUAGCGGAGAUAUACCCCGUAUGAAUUACAUUUCUUUCACUUCGGCGUGUGCUUCACCAUCGACAUCGCGCCAUACUCUGCAGGAAGCUGACGUUCCGCUAAAGGACGAUUCGUACACCUUCCAGAAAAUACCUCCACCGCUAGUUACAAACAUACCGCCGUACCCAAUUAUGGUGCCAUUGAAGAAAACCGGAUUACCAUUAUUACCUAAGGCUGUUACUGGUGAUAUAAAAAAGCUGCUGGAACAUAACAAGGCCCAUUGGAAGAUGGUGCGUAGGAAUUGGAUUCUUCAUCGACAGUUGUACCUGCAGCGGUACAAGCCGUGCUUUGAAUUUAUAAACUCAACAUACGCACCACCAAUGGAGGAGUAGGUUUGAGUAUUUUCGGUUUAAUUUUCAUUUUCAUAAAUUCUCAUACAUACUCAAUAAACCUAAUUCCCGGGAUUCUUAAUAGAAUUCA